AUGGCCCCAGCCAAUGCUCGUGCUGGUCCUUCUAGACAAAGAGCCAGUAGUCCAAUUGAAGAUUCAGAAGCAGAGACUUCCCGAAGACCUCGGCGGGGGGAGCAAACCGGGCAUACAAAUGGGGUCGCUCCUUCCAAUGGAUCCGCGCCUGCUAAUCUUACUUCUGAUGGGUGGACUAUAGACACUUUCAAGUCACUCCCACUCGCCAAAACGGGUGUAGUAUCCAGCGUAUUCCGCAACCUAGAUGAUCGGCUUAAAGAUACGUUAGGGAGGGUGGAUGAUGGGUUGGACAAGACUCGAGAAGCUGCCAAGGCAUUCGAAGAUGCUCAGGAGGAUGAUCCGGCGGUGGAAGAACUUGAUGCAGCAUUCAGAAGGUUAUUAGAAGUUCGGGAAGAACUUCGCAUCAAGAUUCGGGUCUUGACGGAGAUGGCGGCGGAGUUGAGACAAGAAGGAGAAUUAGUGGACCCGGAUAAGAUAUAUCAAGAACGUGCUAUUCGUGCGACUAAAGAAUAUCGCAACAAAUCUCAGCGAGCUAAAUUCCAAAAUCUACCGGAGUACCAAGAUUUCCGAGCUCAGAUCUGGGAAAUCAAUCAUCCAGACGACGCUUGUCCACCUGUAUCGAGAUGGUUACCCAAGGAGCGGGAUGAAGAAAGUGAUGAGGAUAUCGAGAUUGGAGCUACUACACAAACUUAUAGAUGUCCCAUUACUCUUCUUCAAUUUGUCGAACCUGUGACUAGCAACAAAUGUCGUCAUUCUUAUUCUCGUGCGGCGGUAGAAGGACUUAUCGCUACUGCUCAAGGUAAACGUGCUGUGAAAUGUCCCGUGGCGGGAUGUAUGGCUACGAUUGAGAAGAAAGAUCUAGAGAUCAAUCGAAGUCUGGCAAAACGUACGGCCGAACAUGCCAAACGAUUACAACGAAGACAAGAAGAGGAAGAAGAAGAUCCUGAAAACUUGUUGGAUCUGACGCAAGAAUAA